AUGAAAAAUCAGGAACUAAAGAAAAUACUAGAUGCAGUAGGCAUAGUGCUUAUUUUCUUCGCUACAAAGUGCAGAGGCGGUAGCGGCCUUUUUAAUGGAAAUAUACACAAUGGCAUAUGGCAUCCAUGCAUGGGAGAAAAUGGCGCCGAAAAUGUAACAGUAGGCCUAUAUCCUCCUUUUAUGCCUACACACGGGCUCUACUGGAACAAAGACAGCUUUAGUAAUAGAGUGAAUGAUAAAAUAGACUACCAAGCCCCACAUGAGCAGUAUGCAGUGGGAGGUAGUGUGUAUGGGCAUCCUUUUGACUCAGGCUAUAACAUGCCUGGUACAUCAAGAGACCAAAAUGUGAAUAUGCGUAGCGCCAAUGGGCUAGUUUUGCCUUCUGCUGUCCAAGCCUCUGUGAGCAGUUUGUCUUAUGAUGAGUAUAGCCCGAGAAUUCCAGCUAAUGAAAUGCAAUACCAGUAUGGCCAGACACAGCAGCCCAUGCCAGAAUCCAGUGCUGUUGAGUAUCCUUUUAAUCAGGCAUGCAAUGUGUCUGGGGCAUCAAGUGAGACAGACAAAAGUCACGAUUUACGCUCCUUUAUUACUGACCAAUGUGUGCACAGCCUAAUCCCUGAUGGAUGUGAAACUUUUGAAUAUGAGCUGAAAACAGAGGAGCAGGCUGAGCAGGAGCAGUGCAUAGCACAUGGUAGCGCGUCUAACAAAAAGAUUGUUAGUAAUAUAGCAGCCAUGCGUAGAAAAAGGAAGGAAAGUCUAUCCACUCGCCAGCCCUCACCAAAGAGCAUGAAAAGUGAAAAGGAAGAGCCAUUGGAAGAAAAACCUGAUAUAGUCUCUGUGCAGCAGGAGAGUGGAGGCAUAGAGAAAGAUGCAACAGCGCAGACACAAAAAAAGCAUCAGUUGCAAAGGCCUAGGAGAAUAACUAAAAAAAGAAAAAUAGUGGAGAAUUCUCUUGGCAUCAAGCUGUGGAACGACAGAAGACUGACCAACAAAAGAAGGGCGAACUAUAAGUCUCACCAUAAAAUAAUAUAUACGUACAGGAACAGUAGAGUUGAUCCUCUUACAAUUGUAGACAUAGAAAGCGACUACUUCCAAGAGAAAAUUAAAAAAGGCCUAGAAAGCUUUUCUGCACACGUUGCUCCUCUGAUAAAACAGAACGCGCUGUGGUACUUCAUCGCAAGCCGAACUACAAACAUAAACACGAAGCACAAAGACCUUCUGUGGCUGAAGGAGCUGCUCAGCUACAAGGGAGCUAGCAGAUACAAGGAAAUGGUAAUAGGUCUUGAGGGAUACUAUCCUGGAGUGGCUGAAGACAUGAUAGGAUAUCUGGAAAAGCACAGGCCGCUGAGAGUCACCUACGAAUCUCCCACAACUGUGUGGAAGGAAACAUUGGGUGAUGUCUAUAUCCAGAAAGGCCUGGAGAUAAACUACAGCAUCGUGCUAGACCAGGAUAAGAUCAGCCAAAUAGACAGAAAAUAUUCUGUGCUGGCCUAUGCUCUGUGCAUGAUUCUGGCGCUGCCUGAGGUGCACCAAGACUUUUCGCAUAUCAGAGCAGAGUUCAUAGAGGGCACUAGAAUGUCAGAAAACCUCUUUAUAAAUAAACAGAAGCAGGAGGUUCUGUUGUCUAUACACGCCCUAGUGCAGGAAGCAGCAGACAAUAAUAAAAAAACAGAAAAUGAGUACGAAAACAUCCACUGCGCCCUUGAGAGCAUAUACAGCAAAGAUGCACAGAAAGAGCCAACAGUCUCUGGGGUGUACAAAGAAAUAUACACAAUCCUUGUGGAGUUCUAUGCCAGAGCAAAGGUUAUUGAUGCUAGAGAGUACAUUUUGCUGGGAAAGUGCGCCAUAAAGCAUCAGAAGUACAUCAAAUGCAAGGCAGUCUUAGGCUUUGUCUCAGAGAAAGCCAAGCCUUCUGCGCAAGCCCACAGCUUUUUCUAUUCUCUUGAGAUGGACAAAUGGGAUGUUUCACCUGGCAUAGAAGCACACUAUCACGUGUACUACGUAGACAAUGCGCUGCAGCACUCCAGAAUGCUCUGCAUGCCCAUAUACGUAGACAAGAGCGGAAAAGAGCACUGCCUGCACACAAUCGGCACUAUAGUAAAGCAUAUAAAGAUGCUGUAUGGGAUAGAAAUAACCUCAGAUGUUAUACACCCGUUUAAAGUAAACAAGGAAACCAAAGAGUGGUCGUACAUUAAAGACAAAGACAAAGAUCUAACAGUGAAAGACUUGCCAGAGUACAAGAUAGUCUUCUAUCGCAUUGAAGACGACCUAAGAACAACAAAGUUUGUGUUUGCAGAGUUUACAUCUUUAAUGUACCAUAGAAAGGACAGCAUUUCUAUUCCCCUCUUCCUUACGCCUCUGAUGCAGUCAGCUGUAGACCUGGGCCCUUUUAUUAAGAAGGAUGGGCACAGAGAGAUAGACUCGAUAGUGUUUGAAAAUGCAAAGCCCGCUGUGUAUGAGUACAGCAAUACCUAUUCAAACGAAGAGUACUCUGAUAUGCAUGCAUACUACAGCAAUCUGUACAUAGUGCUUGGCUCUGAAAGUGUAGAGGCUCUUGACUGCUACAUCAUGGACUGCCAAGUAACUCCGCAGGCAGACAACCCCAUCAAAGCUGUGUGGUACGUGAAUAUGGCAGACAGUACAAGCACGUAUACACACUGUCUUUUGAGCGAAAAGUUCAAAAAAAGAGAGAACUUGGAAAAGCUUAAUCAUCUCAUUAACGUAUUAGAAUCGAGAGAGUAUAACAGAGACAGCGAGCUGCAGGGCGUCUGGCUGAAAAAUAGCUGUUCAGCAUGCAGUGGAUCAGAAGGCGCAGCAGAAAGAGUAUGCAUUUGGAAGGUGGGCAUUGAGGAGAAGAGUCAUGCAGUUAAGAAGGAUAGAGAAGAAAUCAAGAAAAAAAUAAAGGAAACAGAAGAGAGGUUUAAAAGAGCAGACGAGCUACAGAAAAAUUUAAUAGCGCUAGACAGAGAAAGUAAAAAAGUAGCAAUAAAAGAAGAAAGGAAGCUAGCAUGCAAUAGAAAGAGGCUAGCAUGCAAUAGAAAGAGCAACACAAAAGCAAAACUGGGAGCUCUGCACAGCAAGCUACGGGAAGCAAUGUCUGAGAGGCCAAAUGUGGAGACAGAGCUUAUAGCAUUCCGCAAUGUGAACAACACAAAGUCUAAUCUGGGGGCCCACAACGAGAUCCUUGAUGCCUUCAUCUCAUUGUACAACCAUUAA